GUCCAACGACGAUUUUCACCUCCUUUCUUUCAAGUCGAAGACGUCCAAAAGCACCCCCUUAGUCUUUCUUCCUCUUAUCUUGCUUCUCAACACACAUAUCUACCAUUUGACAUCUCGCAAACAAUCAGCAUAAUGUCUUCGCAAACACCCUUGAACCCGUCCUCAGCUGCAGGCACAUCUUCAGAAACUCAACCCCGUCAGCCUAUCUGGCUUCGUUGUGAGAAGAAACCGUUUGAACAUCGUUCGGCUCUGACUCCUACUACUGCCAAGGAGCUUAUCGAGAACAACUUCCACGUUUAUGUGGAAAGAGACCCUCAGAGAAUUUUUGAUGAUGCAGAAUUCGAAGCUGUAGGAUGUGAGAUGGUACCCAACAACGAAUGGCCGAGUGCUCCACUCGAAGUACCCAUCAUCGGUCUCAAGGAGCUCCCACUAUCCUCUGACCCACUUCCUCACACUCAUAUCCAAUUUGCCCAUUGCUACAAACGUCAAGCUGGAUGGACUGACGUUUUACGUCGUUUCCGUCAAGGUAACGGACUCCUAUACGACCUCGAAUUCCUCGAGGAUCCCAAAACUAGACGACGUGUGGCUGCAUUCGGCUUUCAUGCGGGUUUUGCAGGUGCCGCAGCUGGUGCUUUAGCUUAUGCGGCACAACAACAACAAGGUGGUGAGGGGAGAUUGAGCCCUUUGAAGCCUUAUCAGAAUGAAGAAGCUAUGAUCGCCCAUGUUAGACAAGCUUUGGAAGGUACAGAAGGGGGACCGAAGUCGGUCAAGGUUUUGGUCAUUGGAGCUCUGGGAAGAUGUGGAAGUGGUGCUGUUGAUCUUUUUAGGAAGGCAGGUUUGGCAGAGGAGAAUAUCAUCAAGUGGGAUAUGGCAGAAACUGCCAAAGGUGGACCCUUUACUGAGAUACUUGAUGUCGACGUAUUUGUCAAUUGCAUAUAUCUAUCUUCGCCAAUUCCCAAGUUCAUCACUAAGGAAUUCAUGGCUGAGGCCGGGGAGAAGAGAAGGUUGUCUGUCGUGGUAGAUGUUUCUUGCGAUACUACUAACCCUCACAACCCCAUUCCGAUUUACUCGAUCAACACUACCUUCCCCGAACCAACUGUCGAGGUUGAUGUUGGUAUUGGCAAACGAUGUACCGUUGUCUCCAUCGAUCACCUUCCUACUCUGCUCCCACGUGAAGCUUCCGAGCAGUUCUCUCGCGACCUCCUCCCCAGUCUCCUGCAGCUUCCAGACAGGGUCACAGCGCCUGUGUGGGUCAACGCGGAGAAGCUUUUCCGACAGAAAUUGGCCGAAGCGGAGGAAGAGGAUCGGGUGAAUGGAGUUACCGUUUGAUGACCGUUUGAUCUCUGUUCCCCAAUCCUCUUCUAGCUAUAAUAGGUGGAAUGUCUAGGUUGCAUAUACUCGAAUAUCUUCACAUGCAGUGACACAUGAGUUCCAGUCGCG